AACAAAAGAAAAAGAGCAUAUUUUACUUAACCUAAGCUAUAUAUGAGAAGGGGAAUAGGCAUCUAUCACUCUAUCGUUCGUUUAAUCAAUCAUGAGUUCUAAAAUAAUACAACUAGCGUCAAACUUGAGAACAAUUUGCCAAAUUUAAAACGCAAAAAUGGACAAAAGAGAUGAACUGGUAAAACGUUUGUAUCUUCUGCAGUGUUUCUUUCCUCUCUAAUAAUGAAUUAGGUAGGGACCUCCAAAAAAAAUCCCUUUAUUCUCCGUGAACACUUUUCAUCAUUUUCCUUACUCAGAGAAACACAACCAAUAAUAGGGUACACUUUUCAUCAUUUUCCUUACUCAUAGAAACACAACCAAUAAUAGGGUGAGAUUUCUAAGAUGGGGAGCUUCACUUUCUUCCUAUCCGUGGUGAUGAUAGGGGAGCUUUUGCUCUCUGCUUCUUCGGUAACGCACGCCGCGGUGAACAGCAGUGUAGCUGAUGCUUCCGGAGAAUUGAUGAACGAAUUGGAUGACAUAAAUUGGGAGGUUAGUCUUGCAAGUGACGGAAAUACCAUCUCUUACAAGGGUCUUCAGCGGCCACCGGUCUGCAACGAGAAAAUUUACGGCAAUUGCAUAGGGGAAAAGAACCCUGGACAACGCCCAUGUAACUACUACAAUUACUGCAAACGUCCUGGUUGAUUAAUCGGUGCGUGUAUGUAUGCACAAAAUAAUGACGUUAAGUGGGGGAUAUUGUUAAUUUCUGUUGAAGCUUCUUUCUUCUUCUAUUACAAAUACGAAAGUAAGUAGAUAAAUAAGGUUGAAAAAAGAGUUUAGAAUGUGUGUGUACUGGGACUCGAGCCCAGGUCUCCACGGCCACAACGUAGAAUUUUCACCAUUAAACUACAGCCACCUUCUGUUUCUCAUAGAAGACGAUAUAAAUCUCUGGAAUUGAGAUAAGCUUGUCAAGAAAUGAAUGUAAUCCGUGUAUAUGUAUUCCCCCAAUAUGGCAAGGAUUUUGAUAUGUUUAUGUUUCCCAUAUUUGCUUUAUAAACACGUGAAUAAAUUAAAUUGACAAUUACUAAUA